UUGUUUCCCGUAGUUCUUAGUUUUGUACUUGUUCGGUGUAGUUGUUGUUAUGCUCGUUCGUGCCUGUGCAUCUUAAUACUAAUAAAUGUUCUUUGCGUGUAUGUAAAACGAAUCGUAUCGUCUCUCGGUCUACCUAGCAUACAUGACAAAAGAGUUGGCGACGAGGAUGGGAUCUUCGAACAUUAGUUUUGAAUCUUAUGAUGCGUCUGUGGAAGACUGGUCCAGUUAUGUGGAACGUUUAGAAUCUUACUUCGUUGUUAAUGGGAUCGAAGAUAAAAUGAAAGUCCCUGCUAUUUUAAGCCUUAUGGGAGCAACAACGUAUAAAUUGUUAAAGAAUCUAGCCACUCCCAACAUUCCUUCUGAAUUGACUUAUCAAGAUAUCGUAAAAUUACUUUCGGAACAUUUGAAUCCUAAACCACUGGAGAUGACAGAACGGUUUCGUUUCUACAAGAGGAAGCAAUUUGAAGGUGAGUCCAUUGCAAAUUAUUGUGCCGAAUUUCAAAAACUGUCGAUACACUGUAACUUUGGGAACAAUUUAAGUACGAUGCUUCGUGAUAAAUUGGUGAUGGGUCUCAAAAACGAAAAUAUACAGAAAAAGCUGUUAGCAGAGGAUAAGUUAACAUACGAAAAAGCUAAGAGCAUUGCAUUCGCAAUGGAAUCUGCUCAGAGAGAUGUGCGUGAAAUUCAGAAUCAAAUGGUAUCGAUAAAAAAAUUACAUAGUUCGCAAGAUAAAACUAUCAAAAAAGAUUUUUCUAAAUUUAAGAAAUCUGAACCUACAAAGAAGUUUGAUAAAUCUCGGAAAUGUUACAGAUGUGAUAGUACUCAACAUUUAGCUCACGAAUGUAAGCACAAGAACACUCAGUGUAGGAAUUGCUUAAAGAACGGGCAUUUGGCAAAAGUCUGCCGCUCAAAACGUAACGAAACAGUUAAACAAAUAGAAUCUUGUUCUGAAACUGUACCAGUUAAUAGCGUUAAAUCACCACAACAUGCAAGGGAUAAGAUUUUAUUAGAAAUUUUUGUUGAAGGGAAUAAGUGUUUAUUUGAAUUAGAUACUGGUGCUGCUAUUAGUUGUAUGAAUGUGAAUGAAUUUAAGAAACUUUGUCCGGAUGUAGCCAUUAAGCCUACCAAAUUAUUGCUUAGGAAUUUCGAUAAUUCUAUGAUAACAGCAGCUGGCCAAGCAGUGGUGCAAAUUCAAUACAAAGAUCAAAUUAAUACAGAAACUAUUUAUUUGGUACAUGCAAAAGUAAAUGCAGUUUUUGGUCGUGAAUGGUUGAGAAAUUUCCAAUUAGACUGGAGCUCAAUUAAAGCAGUUCGGGUUGGAAAUUGUAAUUCUCGAACCAAUAAAUUAAAUAUCUUGCUUCAAAAGUAUGAGAACAUUUUUUCUCCGGGUAUCGGGAAACUGGAAAAGUUUUGUUGCCGUCUUCAAAUGAAACCUAAUUACAAACCGGUAUUUUUUAAACCUCGACCAGUACCAUUUGCUUUAAAAGGAAGAAUAGAAACUGAACUUAAGAGGUUAGUUGCAGAAGACAUCAUUGAGCCGGUGACAUAUAGUGAGUGGGCUACACCAAUUGUUCCUGUUAUCAAGCAGAAUGGGAACCUACGAAUCUGUGGUGAUUAUAAGGUGACUAUCAACUCGGGACUAAAAAUUGAGCAGUAUCCUUUACCCCGUAUCGAGGACAUUUUUGCUGAACUGGCAGGAGGGGAGUUCUUUACUAAAAUCGACUUAUCUGAGGCAUACCUUCAAAUGUUAGUUGAUGAGCGGGACCGACAUCUAUUGACGAUCAAUACUCACAAGGGUUUGUUCCGUUACAAGAGAAUGAAUUAUGGUAUAGCCUUAGCUCCGGCAGUGUGGCAGAGAGCCAUUGAACAAGUUUUAUCAGGCAUCGCGGGGGUACACGUAUUUUUAGACGAUAUUACCGUAACGGGGAGAAAUGAUCAAGAGCAUUUUGAAAGGUUAGAAUUAGUAUUACAGAGACUAGAAGAAUAUGGUCUCAGAGUAAAUAAGCGGAAAAGUGAAUUUUUUAAGAAAUCUGUGAAUUAUUGUGGUCAUACAAUUGAUAAAUUUGGCCUCCACAAAACACAAGAAAAAAUCGAUGCAAUUACGAAGGUACCAGUUCCAAAAACUGUAUCUGAUUUGAAGAGUUUUUUGGGGUUAGUCAAUUACUACGGAAAAUUUAUUCCCAACUUAUCUACUCGUGUCGCUCCUUUCAAUAAAUUACUGCAGAAAGGUACUAAAUUUUUGUGGACUGCAGAAUGUGAAAAAGCUUUCAAGGCAUUGAAACAAGAAAUUGCUUCAGACCGAAUUUUAUGCCAUUAUGAUCCUAAGUUACCUCUUGUAUUACAAACUGAUGCAUCACCAGUUGGAAUAGGAGCAGUUUUAAGUCACAUUAUGCCAGAUGGUUCAGAAAAACCAGCAAUGUUUGCAUCAAGGUCAUUGACUAAAACGGAACGUAAUUAUUCGCAGAUAGACAAGGAAGCAUUGAGUAUCGUAUGGGGAGUAAAGAGAUUUUAUCAAUAUUUAUUUGGUCGACAUUUUGAUCUCGUAACCGAUCAUAAACCCCUAGUAUCAAUUUUCGCACCUAAUCGUAGUUUACCAUGUCUAUCAGCAACACGAAUGGUUCAUUAUGCACUUUUUCUCCAAGCAUUCAGUUAUACAAUCAAGUAUCGAAACACAAAGAAUCAUGGCAAUGCAGAUGCACUUUCACGGUUACCACUAGCAGUUGACAAGGGCUGUGAGUACUUGACUGAAGCAGACGUGACAAAUAUUUCGCAAGUUGAAUUAAUGCCUGUUACAGCAACCGACAUAGCUAGAGCUACUAAAACUGAUAGGAAAUUGUUCGAACUGUAUGAAAGUUUAAAAUCUGGAACUGAAUUACCUGUGCCUUGGAAAGGUAGAGAAUCUGAAUUUUCAUUGCAAAAUGGAUGCAUAAUGUAUGGUCAUAGAGUAUGCAUUCCUGAAAAGUACCAGAAUCAAGUUUUGGAAGAACUUCAUGUUGGACAUCCUGGAAUUGUCAAAAUGAAGGCCUUAGCUAGAAGCUACUGCUAUUGGCAAGGUAUGGAUGCCAGUAUAGCCAAUUUUGUUCAGAACUGUUCAGCUUGUAUCGCAACGAGGAACGAACCAGCAAGGAUAAAUCGACAUCCGUGGGAAUGGCCAAAUGGACCUUGGCAAAGGAUACACGUUGACUACGCUGGUCCUUUUAUGGGUAAAAUGUUUUUUGUAGUCUCUGAUGCAUAUUCGAAGUGGAUAGAAGUCAUUCCGAUGAAAAAUAUUACAGCUAGUUUUACAAUUCAUCAUCUUCGUAUUCUUUUUGCUCAUUAUGGAAUUCCCUUAACUUUGGUUAGUGAUAACGGCGCAAGUUUUACUAGUUACGAAUUUCGACAUUUUUUGAAACUGAAUAAUAUUAAACAUAUAACUUCAGCACCUUACCAUCCUGCUUCGAACGGACAGGCAGAAAGAAUAGUGCAGUUGUUCAAAGCUUCGUUGAAUUCCAGUAGAGGUGAUUCUGGAGAUCUAAAUGUGAAAUUACAAAGAUUUUUAUUACAGUAUAGAAUAACUCCACAUUCACUCACGGGAGAAACUCCGAGUGCCUUGUUUUUGAAGAGAUGUAUUCGCACUAGGCUUGAUCUUUUUAAACCAAAUUUGAGAGACAAAGUUGUUCAGAAACAGAGUUCGAGACUUAACACAGAAUCUAUCUUGCGUGAGUUUCAGGAAGGGGAGAAAGUAGCCGUAAGAAAUUAUUCCGGACCUAACAAAUGGAAAAUUGGAACAAUUAUAAACCGAGAUGGAACUUUGAGUUAUAGCAUACAAGUUGGAAAUGAAAUUUGGAAGAGACACGUAGAUCAAAUAAGGAAAUGUGGGAAGUCGAUUGAAUUAUCCCAAGCUGAUACUGAAAUUCCAAUUUACGAUAAAGAAUUGAAUUUUCCAGAUGAGCCAGUAUCCGAUGAUGUUGCUGAAUCGGAACCGCCUGCACCUGUACCUGAAGUUGUCCCUGAACCUAAGGAUGUACCUGUAUCUGCCACUCCAAGUGAUGAGAUGCCACCUGGGCCUGUACCAGAUGCUUCCGGAAAGCCGAAAACUGAUGUACCACUCCGACGCUCAAACCGAAUCAGGAGACCUCCAGAGAGACUGGUCCUGUGA